AUGACGGAAAGUAAACCUCUAGCAAUGGCGACAGCAAACGGUCUGAUGGAUAAGUCCAAAGAGCUUCAGAAGGAAAUUCUCAUGGAAAAAUUAAGGUCCAAAACGUCACAAUAUAAAAAUCUAAGUGAAACCUCAAAAGCAGUUCGUAUGGCUAUGCUGGACAAGAGAUGGGCUGUAGACAGUGCUGAUCGACAGAUCCUCCAAAAAUGUCUAGAUAGUUUACAACAUUGUAUCAAAGUCAGUUCAUUGCAGAGUCUAAUAGAAAGACUUGAAUGUCUUUCAAGACAACUUGGAUUAAAGUUUGUUGUUGGAACUUCAGGAGUCAAUCUUUUCAUAUCAUCUGAUAUGUUCUAUUUAGAAAUACUUGUUGAAUCAUCAGGAUCGGUUAAAGAUGUAAAAAUUCAUCAUGAAGGAAAGAUUGAACAACAGAGUUGUGAAGAAAUGGUAGCUUGUAUUACUCGAGGGGACUUUGCUGACUUCACUGCUCAACUUGAAGGGCUCACUGCUGUUUAUCAGUUAAAUGCAGAAAAGAAGGUAAAAUGCAAAGCUUUCAGUGCUCUUCAAAGCUUAGAAGAGGAUUUAUGUAUGCUGCGACAGUUACAAAGUUUCAUAAAAGAUCCUUGGGCUCAAGUCCAUAAAAGUCCCAUUGGUUUUCUACAAAAACGUCGAGGAGGUCACGCAAUGCGUCUUACAUACUUUGUGUCACCCUAUGAAUUAUUAGACAAAGAGAAGGGAUUACUGCCUUUAACAGUUGAGUUAUUAACUGUCGGAAAGCCUGCUGUCUCCAGUGGCUUCGCUUCUUUGGUUGCACCAUCACAUACACCAGUGGGACAUUCGGCUACAGUGCUAUUGGAAGGGUCUACGGCCAACAAACUGCAACUUGCGCCAAUUAUAUCAGGUGGACAGAGACCAGGAAAAGGAAGUGGUCCUGUAUACGCGCAACUUGUGCCCCAAAAUAGCGCGAUGCUACCAGCAUGCUUCACAUUGAAGCUGUCACAGCCAAUGCCACUCUGUUCUGGCCUGGCGAAGCUUAUACACGCUACUACUGAGGUAGAAGUUUCUGGCGACUGGGCCAAUGCGAAACCCAUGCUAGGUUUGGUUGCUCAACAAGCAUACAACAAACUCUCUCCAGGAAAAAUUAUUGAACUGAAUCUCAGCAAGGGGCUCUUUGUACACUUGCCGGAGCAAACGCAGUGCUAUUUCAUGUGCGAGUCGCGAGGACUGGAGGGCUGCGUGGUGAGCAGCGUACCCUUCACUCAUCCCUCGCACGUGCCGCCGCUGCUCGCUUGCUUGCGACAGCAGGCGCUCUUCAACGCACUCGUCACCUCCUGCGUCCGUCUACAGACCAAGCAAGCUGUUGACUUAGAGACUGUACUGAUGUUUGAAGUGAGCGCCCUAUCCUGGCAGCACAUCUCUAUUUCCUUGGAACAUCCUCUUGACGAGAGUAUGGCGACCGUGGAACUAGAGUUAUCAGAUCCAGCGGCGCCUCGGGCUUCAGUGUAUACACUUAAUUCACCUCCCAGGGAACAGAUUGAUGACUACAUUAGUAGAGUACUGCAGAAAAGUCAUUCCAUUCCUAUUACUUUAAGGUCGUUGGUAAAGAUAUGGGAACGCGAGGCAGCGACGAAGCAGAUGAACGGCAACUACUCUGCGCUGGACUCAAAUUUUAGCUGCGGCCUGGGCGGCCUCGACCCGGGGGGCGAGCACGUGAAGCACGAGCCCGCCGCACACGCGCGCGCGUUGCACCCCGCCGCGCCCGCGCCCGCGCCGCCCGCCGCCCCGCACGCGCACCACGGAGGUACAUAUCUUUCAGAACAACAUCAUCUAUCAAUGUUGUGUCAAGAUCCAAACACAAGCGACAUUAAACCGCAGGUGUCGGAAGAGCGUAAAUCUAAAAAGAGAAAAUCUGACACCGACAUUUGGUCGGCGAGCCAGAAAAAAGGAAAACAAGGGAUUACUGAAGCAGCAGAUUCGGACAGUGAAAGCGAUAAUUCAGAGUACGUAAACGAAGAUGACAACACUAUGAACAGUAAUUCAUCUAAUGACGAUUUAGAAGGCCGGGAGUCUUCAGUGUCACAGAAUGAGUUCGCUUCAGACUUGGAACUGUCAGCUAUGGACGCAACAGAUGUUUUAAAUGCACAGGACAACAGAACUUCUUCAGACAUGGAGAAUUCAAAUGAUGGAGAAGCAGAAGAAAUGAUUCGGAAUUCUUUUCACAAGUCUGAUCACAAAAGGCAAAAGUUAAAAAGUAAAGAAUCAGAACCGCGAAGUAGCAGAAGCGCGUCGUCCUUGCUCUUAGAUCUCACCGACGGUAAAUCCUAUAUGCCUUCCUCUGUAAGCAUUACUCCUAUAGGAUCUAGUUCGUCUAACUCAGCCACUAGCGGCUCGGGAUCAAAUCUAUCUUCAAUGUUGUGUCUAGAUCGUCGACCAGGCAUAGAAAUAAUUCCUAUUUCAUCCGCUGCCCCUGCAGCUUUGCCAAGCUCAAUUACUAUAACACCGAUAACAUCAUCACAACUAAAAUCCCUCGACUCCAGGUCUGAUAAGAAAUCUAGUAAGUCCAGCGAAGAACGCAGCAAAGAAAAGAAGAAGAAAAGACGGAGAGACGACUCCAUGGGACCACCUGAAAAAGUGCCUCCAAAACAAGAUCCAUUGACGAAACCCGUUUCAGUAAGUAUAAAACCGACUGAUGGUUCUCCAAUGCGUCCCUCUUCCCCAAACUCCAUUUUACGAAAAUUUAGUCCAAGCCCAACUCACGGUAGGUCAGUAUCAAUAACAAAAUCCCCGAGCCCAAGCUCAGUAAAAAAUUUAAGUAAACCAACAGGUACGUCGAGUCAUCACAGCAGUCCACGACAUUCACCCGUCCAAAAUAGUCCCAAACACUUGACUGGAUAUUCGAGUCCAAAAAACCACAGCAUUUCUUCCCCUAAACAUAGUUCUUCGGGUUCGGGAAAACCUAGUAUGUCCACGUUAAAGUCCGCAACCAGCGGUUCCCCUUCUGGAAAAUCUGGUACCACAGGGUACGAUUUAUCAAAAAAGCUCUCUAAAGAUAGCUACGGCUCCAGUUCACUUACAUCUAGGGAUAAAGAAAAGAAGCAUUCCGGUUUAUCUUUUUCUAGCUCCGGUAGAAGUAGUCCCAAGUUAAAAAACCCAAUGAAAUUGAAGCAACUUGAAAUCACACCAGUGUCUUGUGACAGUCCUGUUACUGAACCACUAAUUUCGCCGCCAAAUAUAGAAGUGAAUAAAUCGAAUGCACCAAGCCAAGCGCGAAACAGAAAAGGUUCACUUAGUGCUGUUAUUGAUAAACUAAAAUCGGCGCACCACAGUGCUGAUCCCGAUCUUGGGAGUGGCAAGUCCAGUGGUUCAUCUAGUAGUGCGAACAAGUUUUCCGACCCAAAAAAUAGUGCAGCUAGUGGCAGUAUGAAAAUAAGUGAAAGCAAAAAUCAAGAAUACAUGGUCAAGCCAAGUUCUGAUGGAAUGAAGAUUACCAUCAAUAAAACAAGGUCUAAAGAAUCCUCUAGUAGUUCGAAACUGAAUUACAGUAGUUCCAGCUCAAGUAAGCAAUCCUCACCUCAGUUAACUCCACCGAGUCAAGGUUCCCCUAAAACUCAUACUGGCCUAAAGCCAGGCGUCAUAAGUGGACCGGCCUCUAAAAAAACCCAAGCAAUGCAAUCUUCUAAAUCGAGCAUGUCCAGUAGUUCUACUCCACCUAAAAGCAAUACCAGUCCGUCAGAAUCUUCAGGUUCAAGUAAUGUUCCUAAAGUGCCUUACAAGUCAAGCACCAACACUACCGGAAUAAAUUUAUCUAAAUCAGUGUCAAAACCUAGUUCUGGUUCACCAAAAAAUAGCAGCUCUGACCUGUCUAAGGUUAUACGUGAUAGAGAAAGAGAGAAAGCUAGAACAAAACUUAUGACUAAUUCUGAAAAAUCCAUUUUUUCUUCUAAAUCUGAACGACAUUCUAGUCCCAGCAGUUCUAGGGAUGACGUAGAUGGUGAUAGAUUUAAAACUUCUAAAGAAACUAACUUUUUAGUGGAAGGAUUAAUCAAACCUCUCGAUACUAGCAAGUUUCAAAUACCGAAACUAAAAAACCAAAACACGCCGGACAAAAACAGUCCAGUCUCACAAUAUGAUAAUCGUUCGUUAGUUAAUGAUUUUGCGCGAAAUUUAGAAAAUAAAUUUCAGUUUCCCCACUUUGACAAUUCAAAUGCUAGAAAUGCAGAAUCGUUACAAAAAUCUGGAUAUCCUUUGAACGUACCCAAGCCAUUGCUAAACAUGGGUGCCAUGAGUCCAAAAACUGUACCUUCAAGCAAAUUAGAGCAGUCAGCUGGAGAUUUUACAAAAAACUUGGAAAGCUUAGCGAAAGGGGAAAGCCCUCAAAGAAGUAAAGACGAUUCAAAAGAGGGGUUUUCUGGUGCAUACCCAAUGUUGCCUUUGGAUUUUAAGACGGACAUGGCUAAGGGGUUUCCAGCACCCAAGGGAAGCUCAGAGGAUAGGAAGGGUGCCGAUUCUUGCAUGAAACCUCCAGCGAGUGGUUCGGUAGCAAGAAGUGGGGCAACAACACCACAAGAGGCAGCUGAAAUGCUACUAGACUUUUCUUCGUCAUCUGGAAGCAAAGUGUCUGGACUGGUAGCUGUCAGGCCCGUCUAUCCUGCGUCCCCUGCACUAGCUUUGCAACUAGCCAAAAGUCCCGCCCCCUCCCCCUCUCGUCGCUCCCUCACCACACUCCAACUCUCCUUGCAUUACCGAUGA